UUUUUAUGACGUUUCCCCACUCCCGGCAUGCACACUGAGUCCAAUUAUUGCUAAUGGCGGGUAUUUGUACGAAAUAUGCUUAUUUUAAGAUGACGUUUUUCUAGUUUUACACAUUAAAAUGAAACCGGGGAUUCCAGAGUUUUGAUUGCUGUGUGCUUGGAGGCGUCUCCGAGGACAAACAAGGCGAAGGACCUGAGUUAGAGGACUGAGAGACAGUGUAACUGUUGUCAUCAUGUGGCAGCUGUCCGUUAACAACCGACUCAAACUGAAACAGAGCAGGAAGGCGCCUUGGCUUUGAGUUGAGAAAUCGCUCCAGAGGUGAUGUUAGCUCACUUAAACGUGUGUCUCAGAGCUAUAGCUUCAACAGCACAGCACAUGCAGCUAACUUAAUGGGACGGCGGAAGUUUAGCUAGUACAGUAAACUUAACGUUCAUUCAUUCGACCGUUGCCAAUAAAUCUCUACAAUCUCAUGUGGCGGAAAUGAUUUUCGUCAAGUUAUCAGUGUCGGCGUUGCUGUUGUUAAUAACGGUGAAUGAAGUUCACUGUUCCUCGAAAUUAAAUAUCCCCAAAGUGUUGCUGCCGCUUGCUAGAAGUACAAAAAUUAACUUCACGUUGGAAACUACUGAAGGCUGCUACAGAUGGUCUUCCAACAGGCCAGAAGUAGCAAGCAUCCAGGCUGUGGAUGAAGACAGCAGCCAAGGCUGCUCUCGCAAAGCAGUUGUCCAGGCGCUCUCCACACAGCCCUCCAGACUGACCAGCAUCAUUAUUGCUGAAGAUGUUGUUACAGGACAGGUAUUGCGCUGUGACGCUAUUGUCGACAUCAUCAGCGAGAUCCAGAUUGUGUCGACCACCAGAGAGCUACAUCUUGAGGAUUCACCACUGGCGCUCAGAAUUCAUGCACUGGACUCUGAAGGAAACACCUUCAGCACCCUUUCAGGACUGGUGUUUGACUGGACCUUAGUGAAAGACGUAGAUGUGAAUGGAUUCUCUGACUCUUACAAUUCAUUACGGGUACUUAAAUUCUCUGAGUCCACAUACAACCCCCCAACUUACAUAUCUGAAAUGGAGCGUGUUGGGAAACAGGGCGAUAUUAUUUUGGUGUCAGGACUGAAAACAGGACAUGCUAAGCUGAAGGCCAAAAUACAGGAGCCAUUGUACAAGGAUGUGGGUGCAGCAGAGGUGAGACUGCUGAUUUUAGAGAACAUCAUGCUGAGUCCCGCACACGAUGUGUACUUGCUGGCGGGAACUUCCAUCCGGUAUAGACUCCUGAAGAUAAGACAGGGCACGAUGACAGAGCUUGCUAUGCCCUGUGAUCAGUAUGAACUGAACCUUCGGAACAGUGUGGUUGGCCCUAAUGGAAACCCAGAUGUUGCUGUGGCCAGACUGGAUCAAAGCACCUCCACAGUUACAGCAAUACAACUGGGCCACACCAAUGUGGUGCUGGAUCAUAAAAGUCUUCGAAUGCAGGGAGCAUCUCGCCUACCCAACAGCACAUUAUAUGUGGUUGAACCAGGCUAUCUAGCUUUUAAAAUACGCCCAGGGGAAAGCUGGGUCCUGGAAUCAGGCAGAGUGUAUGAUGUCCUAAUUGAAGUAUUUGAUAAGUCCGGCCACAAAAUUUUCCUCUCUGAUAAUGUCCGUAUUAACACUGCUUUCCCUGCCGAGUACUUUGAAGUCAAGGAGUCGUCUCUGAAUGGAUCUUAUCAUCGCGUCAAAGCGCUAAAACAAGGCCUGACUCUCAUUGAUGCUACUCUAAGUGCUGUUGUUGAUGAAACCGGAAACAUCCAUGCACUUGCCAACCCAGUCCACAAUGAGCAGGAUGUAGAGAUCUAUAAUCCUAUAGUUCUCAGUCCCAGUAUUCUCACAUUUCCAUGGCAGCCCAAGGUUGGAGCUUAUCAGUACACAAUAAAGGCGACAGGAGGGAGUGGAAAUUUCAGCUGGUCUUCCUCCAAUACAGCUGUCGCCACAGUGACUGUGAAAGGAGUGAUGACAACAGUCAGUGACAUUGGCGUCAGUGUAGUUUAUGCUCACGAUCUACGCAACCCGCUGCACUUUGGCCAAAUGAAGGUGUAUGUUGUUGAGCCUGUGGCUAUGGACUUUGCUCCGUGCACAGUAGAGGCCAGGGUGGGCCUGGUUCUGGAUCUGCCCCUAAGGAUUUUUGGCCUGCUUGAGGAGGUGGAGAACGAGCGGGUCAUGCUGAGCGACUGCUCCCACUUUGACCUGCAGGUUGAGGAGGAGAACCAUGGCGUAUUUCAACUGCUACAUGAAAGAAUGGCUCCAGGCCAGGACCAUUGCAGUGGGGUGAGAGCCAAGGCCCUUGCUCCUGGGUACACCAUGCUUACUGUCAGCUACACCCAUGGCAACGUUCACCUCAGUGCCAAGAUCACCAUUGCUGCCUAUCUUCCCCUUAAAGCGGUGGACCCUGUAUCUGUGGCUGUGGUGACUCUGGGAUCAUCUAAAGACAUGUUAUUUGAGGGUGGGCCACGCCCUUGGGUUUUAGAGCCCUCAAAGUUCUUCUGCAACUUGAGAGCUGAGGAUGAGGCCAGCGUAACCCUCACUCGGACGAGUCCCUCAUCUCACAACUACAACCAGCAUUGGGUCAGAGCAACCUGCAGGGCCCUGGCAGAGCAGGUGCUGGAGGUAAUGGUAGGAAAUGAGGCUAGUGUGACCAAUCCUUAUCCUGCUGUGGAGCUGGCAGUGGUCAAGUUCGUAUGUGCCCCUCCAUCUCGCCUCACUCUGGUGCCAGUGUAUACCAGCCCACAGCUAGACCUGACCUGUCCGCUGUUGCAGCAAAACAAACAAGUGGUGCCUGUCUCGAAUUACCGCAACCCCAUUUUGGACUUGGCUGCGUUUGAUCAACAAGGAAGGAAGUUUGACAACUUCAGCUCUCUGAGCAUGUUGUGGGAAUCCACCAAAGUGUCAGUGGUCAGCAUUGAACCAAGUAUGCCCAUGGAGCUGCUGCCGUUCAAAGACGGCAACAAACAGAUGAAACUUCACGGGCGCCGGACAGUUCUUGUACAUCAUCAGACCGGUAUUGCUGCCAUCACAGUGACGACUCUGGGUUACCAAGUUUCACAUCUGGCAGCAGCUAAUGUUCCCAGUCCAUAUGACCCUCUGACUCCUAUCUCAGCCACUUUGGAGCUCCUGUUGGUUGAAGAUGUGAAGAUUUCACCUAACACACUGACCAUAUACAACCACCCAGAUAUGCGGGCGAACUUGGCCCUCAAAGAAGGUUCGGGUUAUUUUUUUGUCAACACCAGUGUUACAGGAAUAGUGGAUGUUAUAUUCCAGGAUGCCCAAAGAACAGUUGAGGUUUCUCCCGUCCACCCAGGGGAGGUAAAGGUGAUGGUUCAUGACCUUUGUCUGGCAUUUCACGCACCUGCCACAGCCACAGUACACGUUUCAGACAUCCUGGAGGUUUUUGUGCGUGUGGUUGACAAGGUGGAGAUUGGCAAAUCUGUGAAAGCUUAUGUCAGAGUCUUGGAUUCUAAUAAGAAGCCCUUCCCAGUCAGCUCUUUCAAAUUCAUGAAUCUUAAACUCAAGGCAGCUUCUGCUAUAGUCUCUCUGAAACCAUUAGCGGAGUCCACAGAAAUUGAUACAGCUGUUUUCCUAGUGAAAGGUGUUUCUAUUGGUCAGACCACUCUGUCAGCUGUUGUUGUUGUGGAUAAAAAUGGAAGAAAGAUUGCAUCUGCACCUCAGCAAAUAGAGGUAUUCCCACCAUUCAAACUCAUCCCACGGAAAAUGACUCUGUUAAUUGGAGCAAUGAUGCAGAUCACAUCUGAGGGUGGCCCUCAGCCUCAGUCCAAUAUCCUUUUCUCUAUCUCUGAUGAGAAAAUAGCUUCUGUCAAUGGCAUGGGCCAUGUCAGGGGUGUAACCAUUGGUAAUGCCACAGUGACAGGAUUGGUCCAAGCUGUUGAUGCCGAGACUGGGAAGCUAGUGGUUGUGUCUCAGGAUCAAGUAGAAGUUGAGGUCGUGCAAUUGAGUGCAAUUCGAAUCAGAGCACCUAUCACAAGACUGAAGACAGGAGCACAGAUGCCUGUGUACGUCAUGGGUCUGACCAAUAGUCAAACACCCUUCUCCUUUGGCAAUGCUGUUCCUCACCUUACCUUCCAGUGGUCCACCACAAAAAGAGACAUUCUGGAUGUCCAGUCAAGACACACUGAGGCUAACGUGGAGCUCCAGUCAGAGCACAACUUUGGCAUGAGGGUGACUGGACGAACAAGAGGGAGGACAGGGCUGAAGGUGGUGCUCAGAGCCACUGACCCGGAUGCCGGGCAGCUAAUGGGAAAUCUGCAAGCACUCGAAGAUGAAAUCCAGAUCCAGGUCUAUGACAAGCUGCACAUGCUUAAUCCUGAAGUGAAGGCUGAGGAGCUACUGAUGGCGCCAAACUCGGCCCUGAAACUCCAAACUAACAGGGAUGGUUUGGGUGCUCUCUCUUAUCGCAUGCUGGACUGCCCUGACCAGGUUGUCAUCGCUCAAGUGGAUGAUAAGGGCAUUCUCUUCUCUGGCUCUCUCACUGGUAUCUCCUCUCUGCUGAUCACCUCACAAGAGACCUUUGGUGUCAAUCAAACUCUCAUCCUUGCUGUGAAGGUGGUUCCUGUUUCAUAUGUGCGCUUCAGCACCAAUCCAGUGCUCUAUACGCAUACCAGAGAGAGCCUGAAAGCCUUCCCCCUGGGCGUCGUGCUUACCUUCAAUGUACAUUUCCAUGCCAGCACUGGAGAGGCCCUACACAGCUCCAACUCCGACCUUACAUUUUCCACAAACAGGGAUGACCUGGUGCAGGUAGGGGUCGGGCCUGGUAACCACACUCUGACAGUGAGGACCAUCAAUGUAGGCCUAACUCUUCUUGCCGUGUGGGACAGUGGAAACGUGGGUGUAGCCGACUACGUCCCAAUACCUGUGAAGCGUGCCAUCUACCCAUAUGAGGCCCAAAGACUGGUGGUGGGCGAUGUGGUCUGUUUCAAUGCCCAGUUAACCAGCCCAGAUGGUGCUCAUGGUACUUGGAGCUCCUCUGCUAAUGGUGUUCUUGAGGUGGACCCUAAAAGUGGUGCAGCAGUAGCGAGAGAUUCUGGGACGGUCACUGUCUACUACGAGAUACCUGGUGUUCUGAAAACAUACACAGAGGUAGUAGUAGAAGCAUCUACAAGGACAGCAGCCAUGGCGCAGGCUACACCCGUCAAGAACGGCAAGGAGACAAAGGUCCUACUCACCACCAGAGAGAGAGGAACCAACCUCAUUGGAACCUGUUCCCCUGCCCAGACUGAAGCUAUUUCUCAGCUGCAGCCAGAAACCACCGUCAGCUGUCAUCUCAGCUUUACUAGCGAGGUUGUUGACUUCUCUGCUAAUGAUGUCUUCAAAACACACACCGGCUUUGAUUCCAGCAUUGGCCUCUACACAUGUUCCAUGACCUUGCAGCCAAUGACCGACCACCAGACCCGUGUGCUUAGCAUGUCCAUGACCAACCUGCUGGUGAGGGCAGGCGUGCAGGGCAGUGCCUUCUCUGGGGAACAAGUCAGUGCAGUGCUGCCCGUAGAGCCGGGCCUCUACUCUGACCAGACUGAGUUGCUGCUCUCAAACCUUCACCCAUCAGCUGAGCUCACCAUCUACGGCCCGACUGUGGCUCUGUCCAGCAUGGAGGUGGUGUCUAAUUCUCCCAGCAUUGCCGUCCAAGAGAAGGAGGUACACCAUGACUUCCCCAGUUUCUCAAAGUACACCAUCAGCGCUGUGGAUCCCCAGGCAGCGCUCUCUGCUUCUAUUUCCAUAAGCAGCACUUCCUGCGGCCAGACUCUCGCCAUCCCAGUCACUUUGAUUCACGUGGCCGAUCCCGGUGCUGCCAAGCAAGCAGCUGCUGCUCCGGACUCCCUGCACAGCUUUAUAAACUCCUAUGAGAUGAUGUUCUUCACCCUGUUCGCCCUGCUGGCUGGUACAGCUAUAAUUAUAAUCGUCCUUCACUCGGUGUUAAAUCCAAGGUAACAGGCUCAUCAUCCUGCUUUCAGCACAAGGACAUCAACACCUACUUCAGUGCUGUAUUUGGCUUUUUUUUCAGGUUUAAACUCCUAAAUUCCUUCAACCUCCUAAUAACAUGGAUGGACCCCAAACUGCCCGAGGUCGCGUCUCUAUUAUCCAGACUGAUAAAGCUCUCUGUCUGGUCUCUAUUCUUCAGAAGAACAUCACCACAGGCCAUUAAAGCUCAUGCAAUGUGCCUCUCUCCCUCAGUAUGAAUGAUGUGGGAUGUGACUGCAAAAUCUUAGUUUCGUUCUUUUGUCUUUACUCGUCGGUACAGACGCUAAAAAAUACAACAAUCGUCUCAGAAUAGCAGAUCAGUUCAGAGCUGCAAGCUGAGAUAACACAGCUACUUUCUUUGUGUGUAUGUUUUUUGUAUGUGAAAACAGUUUAUAUAUAUUUACAGUUUGUGUGUCCCUUUUAUGGUUUACCAUGGGUAUUCUUAUAUAAAACCACUCUGGUAUUUACUGACAUCUUUUGAAGGCGCGCUUAGAAAGCCACAUCACUAUUUUGUGCUUAAAAAGUCAGAUUGCUUUGUGUGCUUGUUUUGCAUUUGUGUGUGUUACUUUUAUUUUACGUGUGAAAUGUAAUAACUCAGGAUGAACCUUAUUGUUUAAUCACAAAAGGCAAACAUUAAUUUAUGAGUGAAAAAAUGUUCUUGUUAUGUUGAAGCUUAUACAUUUUGUGAAAAUGCUGUCCACUGUAACCGUCCAAUGGUGAAGAACCCUCCGAAUGUGCAUAAUCCUGACUUGGAAAAGGUCUGUUAUUUCUGUUUUUGGGGCAUUUUGGGGGGAAUUUUAACUUCCCCGUUAAACAUUACUGAGUUUGUUUUGAGCCAUAAUACAUGCAGCUCUUUCUAAUACAUAAAUGUGAAACAGUCGAGGAAUGUGAACCGUCCUUCAGUUUUUAUAUCCCGGUGUUGCUUCAGUGCAAAAAGCAAUCAAAUGUGACCUGUUCUCAUUUCUGAAAAUGUAACGUUUGUUUUGUCCAGAUCGCAUUUCCUCAGAAGAGAUUACUGUAGCAUCGUUGGAUUGCCGGGACAUAAAUGUGUGACUUUGUUUUAAAUGAGGUAUUUUUGUAUUCCAGAGAAAAAAUGUUGACAUGGAACCGUAUUUAUGUUAGCUAGUGAAAUUCAGUUUUUACUGGAGGAGAACCGUGUGUGAUAAUCAAAUGGCAUCAGUGCUGGGUUUUCUUUUUUUUUUUGUGUGUGUGUUUCAAGAGUCAUUGUCAUGCCUUACAAUCAUAUCUGAAUAGCUUUUCGGCACAUAAUACAGCCACGAGUUUGUUUGCUUGUGUGAAUAUGCUCUUGUCUUUGCUAAUUAAAGUUUUUACUUCUCACGUUCA